AUGUGGAAGAGUAAUUAUACCGUGCCAACUGAGUUUAUAUUUGUUGGAUUCACAGAUGAUGUACCACUCAAAGUCAUGCUGUUUUUGAUAUGUCUCAUGGUAUAUAUGUUUAUUCUGGUGGGAAAUAUGAGUUUAAUAAUUCUCUUUAAUAUUAAUUCAAGCUUUCAAACACUGAUGUAUUAUUUUCCUAGCAACUUAUCUUUCUUAGACAUCAGCUCAUUGCCAGCAAUCACUCCUAAAAUGCUGGUAAAUUUCUUAGCUUCCAGGAAGACCAUCUCUCCCUGUGGCAGUGAACUACAAAUGUCUGUUGUUGUUGGACUGUUUUUUGCUUGUUUUGCUGAUGUAGAGUGUCUUAUCCUGGCAGGAGUGGCCUAUGACCACCAUGCAGCCAUCUGUACCCCACUGCUCUAUUUCUAUACUGAUGUCUAGGAGGGUCAAAUCUGCUUCAUUUUGUUGGCUUUCUUUAGUAUGAGUGCAUUGGUUCACGUCUGCCUCACAUUCAGGUUGCCAUGUUGUGGCUCCAAUAUCCUUAAUAGUUUAUUUUUUGGGGAUAUCCCAACUCUCCUCGCUUUAUCAUGUGCAGAUACCCACAUGAGUAAGCUUCUGCUCUUUGCCUUGUGUGGCUUCCUUUAGACCAGCCCCUUUAUGGUCACGUUUAGUCUCUUCUGCAUCCUCAUCACUGUAUUGAGAAUCAAGUCUUCAGGCGGCAGAAGCAAAACAUUCUACACCUGUGCUUCCCACCUCCUGGCAGUCACUAGAUUCUAUGAAACACUCCUGUUUUUGUACUUACCUCCCACCACCAACUACUCUCUAGACACUGAUAAAGUGAUUGCAGUUUAUACUGUUGUUCCCAUGUUUAGCCCUAUAAUAACCUAUAGCUUCAUAAACCAGGAUGUAAAAAAUGUCCUCAGAAAGCUAUUAGAAAGAAUCUGGAGCCUCUAA